AUGGAAAUGCUGGAAGAAAAAAGAAUUCUUCUUAAUAGAGCAUCAAAAAUUUCGAAACGUAGCGGUAUAUCCGAUGUAAGGAGAUAUAGCUCAGCGUGUGCACUCCUCAAGGAUUUUUGCGGCCGUACAAGUUCGCAUGGUAUUCCUUUGAUUGGCUCGCCAUCAUUUUUUAGCCGUACCGUCUGGAUAGCUAUCACUUUACUAUGUUUCAUCUUGUUUCUUUAUCAAACAUAUUGGACGUUAUCCGAAUUUUUUCAAUACAGGACAAUAAUUGAAAUGCAAUUGAAAUUCGAACCCGCACCCUUUCCUGCAGCAACUGUAUGCAACCUGAAUGCCUUCAAAAACAGCGAAUUGAGAAAGUACGAAACAAUUUCUGAAGGACUAGACAUUUGGGAAGAGAGAAUUAAUCAUUAUAAAGGUUCAACGACUCAUUCAAAUACUCCGAUGAGAAAAAGACGUGAAGUUAGUUAUGCCCCUGUUUUUGUUCGAUGUAAUUGUAUGCAGUUACAUGAUCACUGUGUUCCUCAACGAAAUCCUUUGCUGAGAAAUGCAACAGUGUGCAUAUGUUUCGAAGAUAUAAAUACUGGUAAUAUUUGGCCAUGCUAUCCCACAAUCACGUGGACAGAAAAGCAAUGUUUUGAUUGCUCAUUGUCGAAGACAUGUGAUGAUCCAGAUCGGCCUAAUUCGACCACCUUACAAUCAGCUAAUAGCUACAAAUGCUUGUGCCAAUUUGUUUCCAAUAACUGCGUCAUCGUGCCGAAAGAUGAUAUCCGCUGGUGGGAUCCGAACAACUAUACCGUCUUAGCAAUCACUCAAUCACCCAUCACUUCUUUGGAACUUGCCGAAGCUUUUGGCAUGACUGAGAGACAAGAUCCAGCUGCUAUGACGGCCAAGGCGAAAGAGAACUUAAUAUUUAUGGUUGCUGCACUGUCAUUUGAAAUACGUCGGAACUUAUCCUAUACACUUGAAGAAUUUGUACUUCGUUGUUCAUUCAACAGUGAAGACUGCAACCUCGAAAGAGAUUUCAAGUUACAUAUGGAUCCUGAAUACGGUAACUGUUACACAUUCAAUUUCAAUGAUUCUGUUGAACUGAAAAACAGUCGCGCUGGACCGAUGUAUGGGCUGCGUCUAUUGUUGAAUGUAAAUCAAAGUGAUUACUUGCCAACAACCGAGGCAGCUGGUGUUCGACUUGUUGUGCAUGAACAGGAUCAAGAACCCUUUCCGGAUACAUUCGGGUACAGUGCGCCAACUGGAGUGGUCUCAUCGUUUGGUCUGAAAACGAAGGUAUUACAUCGCCUGGAUGCACCCUAUGGAAUGUGUAGUGAUACGUUCAGGCCUACUGGUUAUAUUUAUGCGGAACGUUACUCACCGGAGGGUUGCUACCGUAAUUGCUUUCAACAUACAGUACUAGAGAGAUGUGGUUGUGGAGAUCCACGAUUUCCCCUACCUUCUGACGACUGUCAUCCAUGCAACGUUAAAAAUUCUACCGAACGUAGUUGCUUGCGUAACUUUACUCAACACUCUGGUGGUUUCCAUCAUAUACAGCAAAAUUGUGAAUGUGUGCAACCAUGCAACGAAAACGUCUUUGAAACAGCAUACUCCGCAGCUUCUUGGCCAGCGAAAAAUUUUAUCAUUGGUGUAGAAUGUCCAGCCGUUGUCGACAUUGCAAAUGAUUCCCGAGCUUGUACGGAAUACUAUAGAAAAAAUACAGCAUACAUCGAAAUUUACUACGAGCAGCUCAAUUUUGAAACACUUCGCGAAACUGCUGGAUACUCGAUUGUGAAUUUAUUCUCCGAUUUUGGCGGCAAUAUCGGUCUCUGGAUUGGCUUCUCAAUCAUAACAAUGAUGGAAAUUGUUGAAUUAGUGUGCGAAAUGUGUUACUAUUUGGUAUACAGACGGCCGAUGCAGAUGGUGCGACGUAAACAACGGGAUACAGUGCUAAUAAGACGCCAAUUUCGAUUUCGUACUGAUAGCUCCUCUGCGUUAUCGACAGCAGCAGAUAAAUCAUCAUUACCCACUAAAUCAAAUUAUAACAUGCUACGAUGUUGACGCAAUUAUCAGCCAUAUCCAUCAAUUACUUAACGGAUUGUGCCAUAAUUUUCAUUUUUGACCUACAUUUUCUAGUCAUUCUAGUUCUCUCAUCAAUUAUUCCUAUAUUACCACUACACAUUUCUGUAGCUUCGAAAUUUACUUAACAAGCAACAAGCAGUAAACACGAAAUUUC